AAUAUCAGUUCACUGAUAGGAGAGCCUACCUAUAAAUGCCCAUUAAUCUCCACUCGACCGCAAUACUGUCAAGGAACCCACCAGAACCAUGCGCGCUUUGAUUCUGCUCGCCCUUUUGGGCUUCACUGUUGCCGUCCCUAGGAACCCACAACGCAUUGUGGGGGGCACUCCUACAACCGUGGAGAAUUACCCGUACAUGAGCAACAUGCAAUACGGGUGGUGGGGCGUCUGGUGGAGUCAGGCUUGCGGUGGCUCCCUCAUCAACUCACAGUCCGUCCUUUCGGCGGCGCAUUGCUACUUCGGUGACCGUGCUUCCGAUUGGCGAGUUCGCCUCGGCACGUCGCAGGCGUCGAGCGGCGGCACCGAGCACCAAGUGUCCCAGCUGAUCUUGCACGCUGGCUACAGCGACAGAACCCUGGAUAAUGACAUCGCUAUUGUCCGCCUCGCCACCGCCGCCGUAUUCAGCAACAGUGUGGCUCCCGUCAGCAUCGCUGGCGCUAACUACAACCUCGCUGAUGGCACUCAAGUCACUACCAUCGGAUGGGGCACUCUCUCCAGCGGCGGCAGCGCCCCUGAGCAGCUCCAGCACGUAGACAUCAACGUCAUCAACAUGGACUUCUGCAAAGAAAGAUACGCGUAUCUGAAGUCUCUGCCCGGCUUUGGAAGUUGGCCCGAUGUAACUGACAACAUGCUGUGCGCCGGCAUCCAGAACGUCGGCGGCAAGGACGCCUGCCAGGGCGACUCCGGCGGUCCCCUCGUCCACAAAGGCGCCAGCGACGUGCUCAUCGGUGCCGUGUCCUGGGGCUACGGGUGCGCCCACCCUGACUAUCCCGGCGUCAACGCUCGCGUCAGCAGAUACACCGACUGGAUCGUUGCCAACGCCCGAGAAGUGAGGCAGAAAGCCGAGCUUCUCCUAGGACAGAAGAUCCGGAGCGUCAAAUCUCGAUGGCUUCCCGACCGAGCUGCAGGAAAGCAGAGCUUGGAAUCUAACCCGCAGAGUGAGCGAGGCCAACGGCUUAGCUCCGCAAAGAUGGAGCCGGCAGUACGGAUGUGUGGAGAUUCCUGCGAGUCUGUAGCCGAGCUGGAGAAGAGCAUUAACUUGGAAUUAAACCAAUGGCCAAAAAUGGCCAAAUGGGGUGCAUUUGGGUAUAUAAAUAGUAAUUUUCAUUUCACUUCACGGCAAAUGGGCAGGUAUCCAACCAGAAGCAUGCGUGCUUUGGUCUUCUUCGCCCUUUUCGGGCUGGCCGCAGCGGCCCAGAAGAACCCGCAACGUAUUGUGGGGGGCACUCCCACCACAGUAGAUAACUACCCAUACAUGAGCAACAUGCAGUACUUGCUGUGGGGCAUAUUCUGGGAGCAGUGGUGCGGGGGCUCGCUCAUCAACUCCCGGUCCGUCCUGUCGGCGGCGCAUUGCUACGAAGGUGACCGUGCCAACCAGUGGCGAGUUCGCCUUGGCACCUCGCAGGCGUCGAGCGGUGGCACCGAGCACCCAGUGGACGAGCUGAUCUUGCACUCCGGCUACAACCGCAACACCCUAGACAAUGACAUCGCCAUCAUCCGCCUCGCUACCCCCGCCACUUUUAGCAACACCGUGGCAGUCGUGAGCAUUGGCGGCGCCAACUACAACCUCCCUGAUGGCACCCUAGUAACCACCAUCGGAUGGGGCGCCCUCGCCAGCGGCGGCAGCUACCCUGAACAGCUCCAACACGUAGACAUCAAUAUUAUCAACCAAGACUUCUGCGCCGCCCAGUACGCCUGGCUGAAGACCCAGCCUGGCUUCCAGAACUGGCCUGAUAUCAACGACAACAUGCUGUGCGCUGGCAUCCAGCACAUCGGCGGCAAGGAUGCCUGCCAGGGCGACUCCGGUGGCCCCCUCGUCCACCCUGCUGAACCCACUGACGUGCUCGUCGGUAUUGUGUCCUGGGGCUACGGGUGCGCCCAUCCUGACUUCCCCGGUGUCAACGCUCGCGUCAGCAGAUACACCGACUGGAUUGUCGCCAACGCCUAAAAACCUAACACAAAAUAUAAACCAUCGUUUUAAAUUAA